UCGAUUCCUCCAAUCAGAACGUUUCGGGAUUCUUCCAAUCAGAUGACGCCUUUGUUUGCGGCUCGCGCCUGUAACUCCAGUCGCAAGUAAUUCCCGAAAAAAAAGACUUGAGGAAAAGAAAACGGUGCACUAAUACGAGGCAGUGUGUGUGUGUGAGAGAGAAGCCCGGCUGCGCCGUGAGCAGCAAUGGGUGAGAUCGAGGGCACAUACCGGGCGCUGCCUACUCCAGGCACACGCCUGGGCUCUCAGUUCAACCCCGGCAUCAGCACGCUGGAAACCGGGCAGAGCCUGAACUCUUCUGUAGCAGGAGGCAAAGGCAAGUGCCUGCAGAUCCGUGUUCAGGGCCUGGACGAUGCUCAGGAGUUCUACGAGCUUGAGGCUAAAGCAGAUGGACAGACCCUUCUUAAUGACGUGUAUCGCAGGAUCAAUCUCAUCGAGAGCGAUUACUUUGGUCUGGAGUUCCAGAAUGUGCAGAUGAACUGGGUUUGGCUGGAGCCCACCAAGCUCAUAGCGAAACAAGUGCGACGACCAAUGAACACACUCUUUCGGUUGUCAGUGAAGUUCUUCCCACCAGAUCCUGGCCAGCUUCAGGAGGAAUUCACCAGGUACCUAUUCUCUCUGCAGAUGAAGCGAGAUCUGAUGGAAGGCCUACUGAACUGCAGCGAAAACACAGCAGCUCUGCUGGCCUCUCACCUGGUCCAGUCUGAGAUUGGAGACUAUGAUGAUGUUGCAGACAGGGAGUAUCUGAAGCUCACUAAGCUGCUGCCGCACCAGGAGCAGUUGCAGGAGAAGAUCAUGGAGAUCCAUCGCAGACAUGUGGGUCAGACACCUGCCGAGUCUGAUUUCCAAGUGCUGGAGAUCGCCCGUAAGUUGGAGAUGUACGGUGUGCGUUUCCAUCCUGCAGCCGACCGUGAAGGCACCAAGAUCAACCUGUCAGUGGCCCACAUUGGCCUGCAGGUCUUCCAGGGCAACACCAAGAUCAACACAUUCAACUGGUCUAAGAUUCGCAAACUGAGCUUCAAAAGGAAGAGAUUUCUUAUCAAGCUGCACCCCGAGGUCCAUGGUCCUCAUCAGGACACACUGGAGUUCCUGAUGGCUAGUCGUGAUCAGUGCAAGAUCUUCUGGAAGAGCUGCGUGGAGCACCACGCCUUCUUCCGUCUGUUUGAUAAACCAGAACCCAAAGCCAAAGCCAUUCUUUUUAGCAGGGGAUCUUCCUUCAGAUACAGUGGGCGAACUCAGAAGCAGCUGGUGCAGUAUGUUAGGGACAGUGGUGUGAAAAGAACCCCCUACCAAAGGAGGAACAGCAGUAAAAUCCGUAUGUCAACUCGCUCCUUAGCCACUGAUUUUCCUAAACAGAGUCUGUCCUUCAACGACAGCCUUAAGAUUUGCAGUUCUCCCCCAUCUGCCACUGUUUCCUUCCACUCUCUGCACUCAUCCAUCUCUCCUGUACGACUGGAUAACAAUAGCAAACCUCAAAUCCAGCAGAUCCAGCACAUCCCAUCUCUCCAGCAGCCUGUGAGACCACCUACCCCUGUGAAGGAGGAGCCUGCAAAGAUCCACCCUCCAUCUAACUCAGCCUUCCCAGGUCCUGUAAUGGACAGCCCCCAGCUGUCUCCCUUUGGGUCUAAGUGUCCGCUGAGUGUGUCCUCGUCCUUCCAGAUGUCCACGCUCAGCUUGCCCAGCCAGGCACCUUCGAGUCCUGUUCUCAACGAGGGGGGCAGCGCCAGACUGGAGGAGGAGGAGGAGCUCAGGAGGAAGAGAUAUCCCACUGAUAAAGCCUACUUUAUUGCCAAAGAGAUUCUGAUGACUGAGAGGACGUACCUGAAGGACCUGGAGGUUAUCACAGUGUGGUUCCGCAGUGCAGUGAUUAAAGAGAAUGCCAUGCCUGAAGGCCUGAUGACCCUCCUUUUCUCCAACAUUGACCCCAUCUAUGAGUUUCAUCGAGGCUUUCUCAAAGAAAUCGACCAGAGGCUGGCUCUCUGGGAAGGGCGCUCUAACGCUCAUGUGAAGGGAGAUUACCAGAGGAUUGGUGACGUUAUGCUGAGGAACAUGUGUGCCCUGAAGGAGUUCACCAGCUACCUACAGAAGCACGAUGAGGUAUUGACUGAGCUGGAGAAGGCAACGAAGCGUGUAAAGAAGCUGGAGACGGUGUAUAAAGAGUUUGAGCUGCAGAAGGUGUGUUACCUGCCCCUCAACACCUUCCUGCUCAAACCCAUCCAGAGGCUCAUGCACUACAAGCUGAUCCUGGAACGCCUGUGUAAACACUACUCCCCUGAGCACAGGGACCACCACGACUGCAAAGAGGCCCUAAAGGAAGUGGCAGAGAUAACAGCUCAGCUGCAAAGUAGCCUCAUCCGACUGGAGAACUUCCAGAAACUGACAGAACUGCAGCGGGACCUGAUUGGCAUCGAGAACCUCACUGCUCCUGGCAGGGAGUUCAUCAGGGAAGGCUGCCUUUAUAAGCUUACAAAGAAAGGCCUGCAGCAAAGGAUGUUCUUCCUGUUUUCAGACAUGCUCCUUUACACAAGCAAAGGUGUCACAGCCACCAACCAAUUUAAAGUUCAUGGCCAGCUUCCCCUCCAUGGCAUGCUUGUGGAGGAGAGUGAGAACGAGUGGUCAGUCCCUCACUGUUUCACCAUCUACUCAGCCCAGAGGACCAUCGUGGUGGCUGCCAGCUCUAAAGUAGAGAUGACUAAGUGGAUUGAGGACCUGAACAUGGCGAUUGAUAUUGCGAAGAAGACACAGGAGAAAUCGGAUAUAUUUCUCGACCCAAGUCUGUGUGAUCGCUCCAACAGGUCGUCUGAUGAGGUGUCAUUGGAGCAGGAGUCUGAGGACGAUGUGAACUCGUCCCGAUGCUCUCUGGACAAACAGAGCCACCAUCGUGCCAACACCACCAUGCACGUGUGCUGGCACCGCAACACCAGUGUCUCCAUGUCUGACCACAGCCUAGCCGUGGAGAACCAGCUGUCGGGCUACCUGCUGAGGAAGUUUAAAAACAGUAACGGCUGGCAGAAAUUGUGGGUGGUCUUCACCAACUUCUGUUUGUUCUUCUAUAAGACACACCAGGAUGACUUCCCUCUGGCUAGCCUGCCUCUUCUGGGUUACACGGUCAGCACACCUGGGGAAUCAGAUAGCAUUCACAAAGAAUAUGUCUUCAAGCUGCAGUUCAAGUCCCAUGUUUAUUUCUUCAGGGCCGAAAGCGAGUAUACCUUUGAAAGGUGGAUGGAGGUGAUAAAGAGUGCAGCGAGCGCCGCCGGCAGGGUGAGUCUGCUCAUCCCUAAAGGCCCAGAGGAGAUGAAUGGGAACUGAAGAUCGAAACUGAGGCUGGUUGUCCUCCUGGAGCUCGGGGCUGGGCCCUGAAGACUGCCAUGAGUCUACGCUAUUAUUUUAUUUAAUCCUCUCUGUUUCGUGGCUCCUAAUGCCAUUAUCUUCAUCAUUUCUGCUGAAUGGAAAUGGAAGAAGUCGGGGGCCGUCUAAGAGCUCGACUCUUUCUAUUUUUUUUUAAUCUUUGACAUGUGGGCUAUGACCCCUUCAUUUGAAAGUCAUGCCAAGUUCUGCAGUUUUCCAGAAGAGUAAUAUAACUGUAAAUGGCUAUUAUGUUCUAUUUUGGUUCAUGUGGUCUUGCUACAAUUUCAGCGGUCACAUUUCUAAAAUUGCCAGUUCUUCAUCUCAAAACUGGGAGCUCGUCCAGAGCUGCCAAAUGGUAUUGUCUCAAACCCAUUAGGACUUCCUGAAUGGGUUUCAAUGUCAUUAAAGCUCAUUUUGUGUAAUCUCAAUCUCAACUCCUCAUAUUUAUGGGAGCACAGUAACGGAACACUGCCGAAAGGAGUAAUGGACUAAAUCAUGUCUGGAUGGUAGAGUAAGUGAAAAGAGUGAAGAAAGAAGGACGCAGAACCACAGUGGCGUGGGCCAGAGGAUACGGCGGCACUCAGGAGAUGAUGUGGUUUGGGAAAACAGCCAUCGUCCUCUGUAAACUGUUGUAAAAGUGAUGGUAUUGAAUUAAGGGCACUGAAAUUGAGAUGAGCGACAGAAUAAUUGGUGAUCUGGUGUGGACACACAAGUGAGUAAAGUCUGUAGUGUGUUUCUGUUCCUGUUCAGUUCCACAUUCAUCACAGUAUGACUUUGGUGAUGUUAUAUUUUUGUUAUACUUUAUUAAAAUGCCUGGUUAAUUAACAGUUAUGUAUGGAACUGCUUUGACUCAUGUAAAUGUAAGAAAUAUUGAGAUAUAUUGAAAAGGCUCAUUCAGAGAGUAUUUAACAGUUUUGUUACUGACAGUGCAUUUAUGCACGCUUCUCAUCUCUAAAUUUUAUUUUUAUUUUUAUUUCUUUUUUUUUUUUCUGGAGAACCACAAGGGGGAGUCAGCAUCUAGAGUAUAAGUACAGACUUAGUCCUGGUGCUCACUGAUGCAAAAGCUAACUACUCUUUCUGCCUUGUGAUUAGGGUAGUUAACUUCGGCUUCUAUUAAACAUCUGGCUCUGCUACGUUCUCCACUUCUCCUGCAUACUAAUCGUGAAUAAGGGAACAUGGACCUUGUGCAAAACUGGUCUCAUGAAAGUUACAGUUCAUGUGCUUAAACCAAAAAAAGGUCAGUGUGAUGAGGUUUUUUCAGUUUCUUUCUCUUUUAUAGCUUGUAGAGAAAUGUUGAAGCAAACAUUAUACUGUUGUCUGUAUUAUUAAUCCUUUGUUCCUCUAUAAGGGCCAGUUCUUUUAUGUAAAUAUCUGGGUUGUCAUAUGGUGAAGCAGAAUUUCUUUUAAAGGAAUAUUUCUGUGAAUAGUUUGAUUUACACAAUGUUUUCCAUACCCCGAAUGCAACUGAUUAACCAAGACAGGUUUGAUGAUUGAACAUUGCUUCUGCAUCUGCAAGCUACAAGGAUAAGUCCUCACGCACUCACCUCAAUGGACAAAAGGUUUCAUAAAAUAGAAAAAUAAGUCUGUGACGAAAUUAAUUUCAUCCAAAUCACUUCUGAUGUACAAUUCUGCCUUCAGUCUUCGGGCUCCUUCCUGAGUCUGAUGCUUGUGUGGAGUGAUGUUAAACUGUGCUGAGGAAGAAAGUGAUUCUGGCUUCGGUGUGGCUGCUACUACUGGUUUUUGCUAUGUGAAUAACUUAUGUUCUUUUUUUUUUUUUAUACAUUACAACAAUGUGCCAUAUAGUCAGAAACCACAUAAAAUAGUAGCUAUAAGCUUCCUCCAGCUCCAGUGCAAAAAUAAAGCAAACAUCAGGCAUCAAACCCAUCUUGGCUGAUCAACUGUAUUGGUAUAAGGAGAGCAUUGUGUAUGUUUAAUUUUCGCCUGAAGUGUCCCUUUAAAAUUUUGAAACAUGUUAUGUUAACUCGUAAGGGCUGAGAUUAACUGUAAAUUAACUCAAUCUUAUUUGGGAGAUUUGACCUAUGAUAUUGAAAGGAUCAUAGUCUUCACUAGGCUGUUACAUUGGGACAUGAAUGCUGUACUGGGUCCGACCAAAGACCUAAAAAGUCACAUAUAAGACUGAAAACCUUAGGCUGAGGUUUUUUCAGCCACACAUUAAUCGGUACUAGUGACUUUUUGGAUACACUUUUUUUUUUUU